AUGGCUACAAUGGAUUCCUAUAGAUCCAUUUGUGAUCGAUUUAACGUUGGUAGAGCAUUGAGAGCUGUGAGAAGAGUUAUACGAGCUCUAUUUACAAUAGCUCCUCAAUUUAUAUCUUGGCCUUCAAAUGAAGAUGCACAAAUUAUAAUGCACAAAUUUGAAGAAGCCAGUGGAUUUCCAAAUACAAUUGGUGCCAUAGACGGCAUUCACAUUAGAAUCGAAGCACCCAAAGAAAACGCAGUAGACUACAUACACCGGAAAGGAUAUCAUUCCAUCCAGUUGCAAGCGGUGUGCGAUCACAGGGCUUUAAUCACUCAUUGUUAUGUUGGCCAUCCAGGAUCUGUUCAUGAUCAAAGAAUCUUCAGGCAGUCAGAAGUAGCCACAUUCUUAAAUAUUGAAGAAAAAUUUCCCAAUAACAGUCAUUUGAUAGGAGAUGCUGCUUAUGAAUUACACGAACAUCUCUUAGUACCAUUUAAAGAUAAUGGACAUUUAAGUGAUGUGCAGAAACAUUACAAUUUCCGACAUUCCUCUGCAAGGACAAAGAUCGAACAAUGUUUUGCGUUGUUAAAAAGAAGAUUGAGGAGUUUGAUGCAUUGUUUGCCCAUGGUUAGAGUGGACCUAAUGCCUGAAUAUAUAGUAGCAUGUUGUGUUAUCCACAAUAUUUGCAUACUACGUCGAGAUGAACUUAUAGUAAUACCACUGAUAGCACCUGAAGAAGUUACAGGGCAAGAUUAUGAUAUUAACCAAAGACAAGAUGCAAUUGGUAUAUGUAAAAGGAAUAUGAUAAUGCAUACCUUGCAAAGACAAUUUAACGUGUAA